AUGUCUGCCAAUUAUUCUGCAAUCCCUGCUUCGGCAGUCAAACAUCCCAAACCCUUCAUCGUGCACCAUACCGAUGAACAGUUACGAGAUUUCAAGGCUAAUAUCGAAUCUGCCAAGAUUGGUCCGACUACCUACGAGAAUGUCCAACAGAACCGUCAGUAUGGAGUCACCUGGCAAUGGCUCCGCGAGGCCGUUGCGGUGUGGAAAGAUUUUGACUGGCGUAAGGUAGAGAGCCAAGUUAACAGGUUCCCCAACUUCACGGCUGAAGUUGAUGACAAUGGUGUCUCAUAUACCAUACACUUUAUGGCUCUUUUUUCCAAUCGAGAUGAUGCUAUACCUGUGCUCGCCUUACACGGUUGGCCAGGGUGCUUCCUCGAAUUCCUGCCUAUAUUCUCUCGGCUAUCUGCCAAGUACCGUCCCCAAGAACUCCCAUACCACAUCAUUGUGCCUUCACUCCCGGGAUAUGCAUAUUCAUCAGCGCCACCACUAGACAGGGACUUUCGUCUUGAGAAUGCUGCCAAUAUCCUGGAUACUCUCAUGGUCCAGCUUGGAUUUGAGAAUGGCUAUGUCGUCCAAGGUGGCGACGUCGGAAACAACACAUACCUUGCCCCUACUGUUCAAAGACAUUCAGUAGACGCGACGUUCUCCUGCGUCACUUGCGCCAUGGGCAUCAGGUUCAAGAACAAACCAGACGAUCAAGCCAAAAGUCGUGUUUUCGAUGCGUGGAACGGAAGGCGAAAUGCAAUCGCGAAAGGCCCUGCAAUGGCUGCGUUCGAUCGGGCCAUGGAUGCGAGACAGUCAUUUCUUCCCUCCGAUGCGCAGCAAUUACAAAAACAGGAUGAAUUGAUGACAUCUCAAACGGAAGAAGAGACUUCGCCCUGUCAACACGAGAUGAGAUCUGGGAGCCUGUCACUGGGAGAUUCAACAGGGACCGUCCCCCUACCAACGACAUCUACAGUCCAUCAAGUACAUGGUGCUCAAAUCACCGAUGAAGGUUGCCAAGUUGGCUCUUUUUACAUUCUUGACGAUGAUUCAACUGUCUCUCCAACUAUAGACAUUCCACAACCCUUUAACGUCCUGCCAGUAGAUCCAGCCCAUACAGUCUUUGAAAAUACCUUUGCCCUUUCGCCAUCCUCCAUGCUUCCAGGACAGACCAACUUCCGAACUGGCGGGUUUGACUGGUUGAACUUUGACAUUGGCAACAGUCCUCAAGGUUUCCAACUCGAGAGCUUUUAUAACAGCUACAUACCAGAGUUCUGGUCCUCCAGUACAGCCCCCGAGUCAGGAGCGCCUGGCAGCGGCGAUGUUGGCAAUGGAGUGCAGCACAAGAUGGGCAAUGGGGACUCGAGUCGGGAUUCACAAGACGAAGGACAACCAGACAUGGAACAAAACACGCUUGCGUGGCCUUUUGAUCAGGCGCAUAAGCAAUCUCCUCAUCGUUAUCAGCUUCCCCCUCUUCGCGAUAUUCUCAACGGUUACUGUCCGACAGACAGACCGCGUCCGGUUCAGACGACACUUGUAAAAGGCUUCAUUCAGAUUUUCUCCGAGAAUCCCCUUCCUCAGCUUGAAACUUUACGAGACCCUCAUUCGAUCCAAGCAUUUUGCAGCCUACAGCGUCUCGUUGACUCCUACUUUUCUCGGUUCCAUGAUAUUCAGGCGAUUAUCCACAAACCUACAUGGACCAUGUCGGCUUGCCCGCCUAUUCUUCUCACAGCUAUGGCUUCUGUUGGUGCAUUACUCUCUGAUAGUCAGUCAGAUUACGAGCUCUCAGUAGCACUGAGUGAGAUCUGCUCUACAAUGAUCAACUGGAUGGGCGCCUCGGAUGCUACCAACUAUAGUGAUGUCUCAUAUCUUAACGCGCUCUGUCUUUACCAGAUCUACUCCCUUGGCUCAGGAAAACGACAGCUAUAUCAGAAUGCAGACAGGUCUCGUGGGCUGUUGAUCGGUGGCUUACGCGGGAUCGGUCUUCUAGAUCCUCGCUCUUCUAUCACUCUGAGUCAGGAACACGAGACAUCUCGUGGUUCCGAGGACGACCGUGUUCUCGCAAAUGACUGGAAGACCUGGAUCAAAAUGGAAUCAGGACGACGAGCAGCCUGGGCAGCAUUCGAGUAUGACUGCAGUCUUUGCACUCUCACUAGUCGUCGAGGCAUUGUUGACUUGAGCGAGCUGCCAUCAGAGUUGCCAUGUCCGGAGUCCAUGUGGAAUGCCACCUCAGCACGAGCAUGGUUUGCUCUCAUGUCUCGUCUAGGUCAGGAUGAGUCAAGACCAAACCUAUCAAAGGUGCUAAAGCAGGCACUAGCUGGGAGAGAACUACCAUCGUCAUUGGGAUCCUGGGCCAAGAGGCUCUGUGCGCAGGUAAUUGGGCGGUUACUAUGGGAUCUCUGGCAAAUUGAGGUUGUCGCAAUGCCAGAGUACCUCGGCCUUGGAUCAAUCGUGGCUGCGCACCAAGACACGAAGAGGUCGCUGCUUAAGGGCUUGAAUAACUUGGUUGAAUCUCUAUCUUCGCCAGCAUCGACAAGCGAUCUUACCAGCUAUAAUAUAGCCAGUCUUCUUUGCCACUACUCGCACUUGUGUGCGGCGAAUGGUGUCCUCGACCUCAUCCUGUCCAUUGUGCGAGGCCUCAUCUCAACUGAACCGCGAGUACAUGAUGGAAUCAAGGUAGCCCGCAACCGGCUCAAGUUGACCUUUGCCAGGGACCCGAAAACAGCAAGAAGGCUAUGCUGGCACGCAGCCCAAAUCGUCGCAAUAGCUAAUGAAUACUUGGUGUCUGCCCCUUGCGAGAUUAUGCGAGUCUUUAUGGGUUACAUCUUUAUCAUCGCCUACUCUGCUUAUGGCGAUCAUAGUCAUACUAGAUCAUCGACAAUGGAGGUCACCCAAAGUGUCAGGCUGGAUCUUCAUGAUCAGAAUCUUUCUCACAGAAGAGUCAUUGUUAAGUGGAUUGAGGUCGGAGGACCUGCUAGCACUGGGUCUGUUCCAGAUAUUGGUACUGAUGGGUGCGUCCCUGCCAUCAGCACCGAUGCACAAGAGAUAUUGAAGAAGCUGCAAUGCUGGGGACUGGCUCACAAGUUUACCAAGGUAUUUCAGGUACUAGAAACAAAAGGACUGUAG